AAUGUUAUUCAAAACGUCGAAAAUGUUCCAUCAAUCGCCGGUUUUUGUGCAGAACUAACAGUUUUGAGUGUUGUGAAUGUGGAGAUUCAAGAAAAAGUGCCCCAGGUGCAUCGGCCACCUCCUGGUGGCACUAUUUUUCGCUGUGAUAGUGGCCGAAGUGACGACUAACGGUGCGGAUAUCACAGACUUUUUCUCGGUAAAUGUUUUAAAAGAUGGCGAGGUGGAAACUAGGAUUUACUAUAAAGGAGUAGCUGCUAAAGAAACCAGUGUAGGAAAGGGAAUCGACACUGGGUUAUACUUCCGUCAACUCAGCGAUGGAAAACACUUUAUACAAUUGAUUUACACCGAUCGGAAGCAAUUGAAAGACUGCGAAUUCGGCCAUCGCCGAGACCAAGCUUUACCGUUCCUAGAAAGUUUUAAAAGUGAUUUAAAAAUGUUGACGGCCACGAGUAACGUGACGAUUGAAUCGUUGGACAACAAAACUCUACCGACCGAAUACAGGUGGAUGAAUUAUACGUUACUUCGCCAGGAAUGUCACAAGAAGCAUACCGAAUUAAAAAAGAUGUUAAAGGGACAGGAAGAUACCUUCUCAAAUGUGACGUAUAGAUCUAAGCGGGACAUUACCGAUAUUUUUAGAGUUCCUGGUACCAAAUGGUGCGGCAAAGGAUAUUCAGCCGAUAAAUAUACACGUUUGGGAGGAUUUUCCAGAACAGAUAGGUGCUGUCGAAAGCAUGAUCUGUUCUGCCAUUUCUGGAUCGGAGGAUUUCAAACGAAAUAUGGAUUAUUCAAUUGGAGAUUGAAUACUUUAAUGCACUGUAACUGUGAUGAAAGCACUCUGGACAAGUUCCCAUUAGGAUAUAAUAAAGUUAGGUACCUAGAGAUUACCAGAUCAACUGAAGUAAACAUCUAA